AUGGACCCCUCAGGCUCACCAAUCGACAACGAUGCUCAGCCUGGUAUUACCCGUCGAGCGACGAUCGGCGACCCGGUCUAUGAUAAUCAGGCACUUGUCAGGCAGGGACGAAAAAGUUUCUCUGCCUGCGUUCGAUGCAGACGGCGCAAGAUAAAAUGCGACCUCAUGCAGCCUUGUGGGACAUGCGCGAGGUUCGGGGUGAGGUGUGCGAGGCCUGAGGCUGGGAGGGAGAGGGGUGGGAGUUCUGCGGCUGAGCAUGCUGCGCUCGCGGAUCGUGUGCGACAGCUGGAAGCAAGGCUGGCGGCGGUGACAUCCAGUGAUCAGGCUUUUGCGACUGGAGGGCAGAGUUUCUUCGACGAGAGCCAUGGCCGACCGGAACUCCAUCUGGACACGAGCUUCGAUCACCCUGGUCUGCAGCGGUCGCUCUCCUUCAACGAUAUGUCGAACGAGACUCCCAUGACAGACGAGUCGCUCUCUCUGACAGUACCGACAAUCCAAAUCACAGGACCUCAUGGAAGUCGACCGCCUUCUCCGUCGCCCUUUUCACCAUCACCAAGCCUCUUCUCAGGCACAUCCCGUGCUUCAUCGCCUGAUCCCUUCUCAGCCAUCUCAGCCUCGUCCUACGGGAUGGAUGCCUUUGGAACAAAUAUGUUAGCGCCCCUGACCCAGGCCAACAUGCGUACGCCACCAGUUUCUCAAUGGGCUGCUGAUACGAGCGAGCGGCAUGCCUUGCUGCAAGCACCGGAGUCACCAACCGCACAAGGCUGGCUUUCUCGUCGAUCAUCCAUUUCGUCGUUUGGAGGCUUAGACCAAGGCUUCUGUGCGAUGAAUCUCGAGAUGCCGCUCUCACCUCAAGGUGAAUGGACCGAUCAGAAUCCCUUCGAUAUGUCAGCGAUAAAUUUAGAGGAGACCAUGACGACAGAACAGAUCCCAUCGAAAGCUCAGGCUGAGCUGCUCGCAGACCACGCUUUUUCCAAUAUCCUACUACCACUAGAGCGCACAGCAUUCAAAAUUUGCCUAGAAGCUGUCUACGAUGUCCCCGACUUGAUGAGCACAGUCACUCCAGCAGCUCAUACAAAUCUUUCUCUGCUGACGCCAUAUUCGCUGCGUAUGGCUCGGUGUCUGGUGUUUCUGAUUCUUUCGAUUGGUUUGAAACUACAUGCUUCAGCGGGAAACAGCACUGCGGGAAUCUACAGUUGUUAUGCGAUUGCACAUGAGCAGAUGCGGUCGAUGGAGUUUUGGGCGGAGAGAGGAUGUCAGGAGGUUGCGGCUUUGCUGGCGGCUUUGGGGAAUGUUUCGGGAUAG